ACUAUAUUAUUUUACAAUAGUUUUAUUCUCUAUUCAGACGGUACAACCAUAAUAUUUAACGGACGCGGAUUUCCCCUCGUGAUUAUGUGAUUUUAACGUUUUUCUUACAAUAUUAAAAUUGUCGCGUGCAACGAUAACCGUAUUUUAAUAAAAUAAUUUUUUUUUACUUUCUAAACCUUAUGCUAUUCAGGUUCGAGGGGUGAUAAACUAUCGCAUAAAAGUAGUUGUCGGACGAAGGCGCAAAGGAUAGGAAUUAUGAAUACCAAUGACAGUCAGGGUAACAACAACAGCAGCGGCAGUGGCGGCGGCGGUGGAAAUAAUAAUUUCCGGAAGAACAAACGGAUAACAGCAAAUAACUCGUCGAAUCCGAAAACCAAAAAACAAUUGGAAAACGAGUUGAACCGCCAAAGGAGCUUUUUCGUCAACUGUGGCCCUCAAAAUCCGUCUGCUACACGCCACAAUAACACACAUGAGGGAGGCUAUCUAAAUAGGAGUAAUAGCAGUGUUUUAGGACAAAAGAAACCUACGCUUGCAAUCUAUCGUCCGCCGAGUGUUCGAGGUGACAUAAAUAAUAACAGUGAUAAUGUGUAUGUAGCCAACGGACCGCAGAAAUCAAAAGAAGCAUCAGACAUAUCUGAAGACUGCAGUAAGCUGAAUGUUCACGCCAAAGAGUUUUCCUUAGAACGUUCCAAUACAGCUCCUCAAUCCAUUUCGAAUGGUGCGAAACAGGAAGGAACUCGACAACAUGUUAAUACGGUAUUGUCAAGAUCGAGGACAUUUUAUACAAACGAUACUAAACCAAAUAGCCAAAAGAAAAGUUACGAUUAUAAGAAUAAUUUCGCAUACAAGAAUAAUAGUCAACAAAUGAAGUACAAUAUACAACAAAAAGACAUUCAGGGUCCAAAAGUGCAAUUCAAAGAGUCUAAACAAAAAUCAAAACCUAUAAUGAACGAUCAACCAAAUAAAUAUGUGGUGGAUCCAAAAAAUGACUUCAGUCUCAGAAGAUCAAAAACCUAUAACGGUCCAGACAGUAAAUACUAUCAUAAUACUUCCGAAGAAACACGUACUUCGUGGAAAUGUCAACCUUACGAAUUUUCUGCCAAAGACUUAAAUUGUUUUCCUGAAGACAUAAAUGAUAUGGCCAAACGUAUUGUUCAAGAUACGAAAAAUUCGCCAACAAAAGACUUAAUGCUUUUGGCAUUGAAAAUAAUUGAACACGUGGUUAACAACCAAGAUGCUAUGAAGCCUUCGGUUAAUUUAUCCCUUUACAUAAUUGAGAGAGAUACAAGAGACACUUACGUGAAUAUGAUCAUUAAUACCAUACAAUUGUGGUUCGUAAAACGAGAGAAACUCUUACAACCACCCAGAUUUUUUUUAUACGCGACAUUCGUACUUCAAAUGUACAAAGGAAUGAAGCAGAAUAAAGUGUUGUCAAACAGGAUGGAGAAAGAAGUAUAUUCUCGAAAACAAGCUCUACUUAUGUUAUUGUUUAAAAUUUGUGAACACUGUUUAACGCCUAGCAAGGAGAAGAACACGAUUGAAGAAAUCGAAUGCCUGUUUAACAUCGUGAACGGCAUUGGAAGAGACCUGGAACAAGAGGUGCCCGACACAUUGAAACAACUGUAUGUAUCCAUUCGGGACGUUCUGCUGACUCAAGACUGUACAGCAUCCGUGAAAAAGACCCUACUGCAUUUGAUCGAAUUGAGAGCGUCGCAGUGGGCACUUCCGCCUUGCACGGUGCAUUAUUACAGUUCGAAAACCAACAUUUAGCGUCUUAUAUAUUUUACCACCUAGACCACGCGGUCGAUAUUAUAUUGUUAUUAUUACAAUAUUAUAAUAAACAAUAAUAUAUAAUAUUUACAAUUGUGAUAGUUCUGGAAAACAACACUUUGUACAUUAUUUAUUGUGUUUCUUCUACAUCAUUUAUACACAUUACAUAUUAGGCAUAUCUAUAUUUUUUACAAACCGAAUUAUUUUUUAUUUAAAUUAAUAUCACUUUUUUCAUUACUAAGUAUUCUACCACGUGACAUGUUUUUUUUUAAAUUAAGUAUAAAAUAAUAAUAUUCAAUUAAAGAUUUUGGGAACGGAAAAACGUAUAUAAUAAUAUAAUAAUAUAUUAUGUAUACUAUGUAUGUGGUAGGUAUAUUACCCCGUAGUCAUGAAUAUUAUUCAGAUUAAUUAAAAUGUGGAUAUCCGAAUGAUUUACAAACUACAAUGUUUGUGAUUAACUCAAAUAUUAUUUCAUAUAGUGGAAAGUAGAACAAAUUUAUGCGUUUGUUAAUAUUAUGUUAUUAUGUAUUGCGAUUAUUUGAAAAGUUUUUAAUAAUUUUACACAAAACGGUGUUUUAACUUUCUUUAGGAUAAAGAUUUUUUUAGUUAAUAGAACUUUACGUUAGUCGUAUGCGUCUAUUAUUGUUACUUCAUUCCUAGUCAUAUUAAAUAUAAGAUCGCGGUUUUUGUUAUUUUUUUUUUUUUUAUACCAUUUUUCUAACCGAUAUUUUUUACGGAACUGUCUGUUUACAUUUUAAUAAAAUGGGUAUUCUUAACAACUACCUACCAAAUUAAAAACUAUACAGAAUAAUAAAUAUUUUUGUACAAUA